ACAUUCUAGGAACUCUUGGGGCCUAUCAAAUGUAAUAUUGAACCACUAAUAGAGAAACUGCUACUACCUGAAUAUAAUGUUCCUAAAAAAAGCAGGCAACCAACUCGAGAAUUUGUAUCAAAAGUGUUAAAGAGAUAACCCAUUUAUAAACUUUAUAAACAUUGCUGCCCUCUAAGUAUUUUUCGAAAUUCAUUAAGAAAAUAUAAAGUUUAAUACAGAAACUAAACAGUGGUGUAUCUGAUUCCGAUAUACAAAGUUCAACAGAUAGUUCCAAAAAUGGCUGUAUCGUCAGAAAGCGUAAUAAGUCCUGGCUUGAAUGAUCCAGUAACCAAAGCAGUAGUAGAUAAUAUAAUGGGAAAUUUACCUACAAAGAAACCCCCUGUUCGAUGUGAUGAUUGUGAUCUUUCAUUUACCAGUCAAACAGUAUUAGAUACACAUUUACAAGGAGCGCGUCAUGCUAAACAGAUUAGAUCCAAAAAUAUAAUGGCAUCUCUUGAAGAAACCAAAGUAGCAUUUACAAAAGACGAAGAAACAAAUGGAUUGAAAUGCAAUGUGUGUAAUGUGUGUCUAAACUCAAUACAACAACUUCAAACACAUUUAAAUGGGAGCCGGCACAAAAAGAAAGCUAUGAGAGGUGGGUGGACUGACAAAGAUGUUGGCAGUUCAGUGACAUCUGCAACUAUGAAUAUCCAAGAAAACACUGUGUCUAAAGGCGUAUCGCUUUCAUGCAGCAUGUGUAAUAAAAUCUUCAAUUCUCAGAUGCAAUACAACGUGCAUAUAACAUCGAAAAAGCAUACUGGUAAAUUAAAACAAGCUAGGACUCAAAAGAAAAAAAGAUUUUUGCCAUAUUGGAAAAAACCUAAGCCUGGUGUAAAUCCUAAGAAUUUCGUUCAAUCGCUAUCGAACAAUUUUGUACCAGGAGGUUUCACGAAUCAGACAUAGGAAAAUAACGUAAUAAGAUGAAUAUCUCUAUUUUAAUACUCAUAUGAAUUAUUUAAGUACAUGUUUUAUUCUUUCCAAGAAGAAUAAUUCAUUCCAAGUAGGAUCAUGAUUCUUUAAACGACGAAAUUAAUUUGAUACUUAAAUUUUGAACAUUAAGUGACAUUCACAUAUA